GCCGGUGAAGAAGAAGAGAAAAGCCUCCGGGGUGGCAGUGGCGGAAGACGGAGGCCUCAAAAAGUGUAAAAUCUCCAGGUCCUGAUGAAGUUGUAGGGCCAGAAGGAAUGGAAAAAUUUUGUGAAGACAUUGGUGUUGAACCUGAAAAUAUUAUUAUGUUAGUUUUAGCGUGGAAAUUGGAGGCUGAAAGCAUGGGAUUUUUUACCAAGGAAGAAUGGUUAAAGGGAAUGACUUCAUUACAGUGUGACUGCACAGAAAAGUUACAGAACAAAUUCGAUUUUUUACGCUCACAACUGAAUGAUAUUUCGUCAUUUAAGAAUAUUUACAGAUAUGCCUUUGAUUUUGCAAGGGAUAAAGAUCAGAGAAGCCUUGAUAUUGAUACUGCUAAAUCUAUGUUAGCUCUUCUGCUUGGGAGGACAUGGCCACUGUUUUCAGUAUUUUACCAGUACCUGGAGCAAUCAAAGUAUCGUGUGAUGAACAAAGAUCAGUGGUACAAUGUAUUAGAAUUCAGCAGAACGGUCCAUACAGAUCUUAGCAACUAUGAUGAAGAUGGUGCUUGGCCUGUUCUUCUUGAUGAAUUUGUUGAGUGGCAGAAAAUCCGUCAAACAUCAUAGCAGGAACUGUUGUGAAGAAAAUGCAAACUUUUUGAUUCCUGUAUGUGUACAAGCUAGUAAGUUGAGCAGGAAAAUCCCAAAGGGUGCAUUUUCAUUCAUACGAAAGACUUCUAGUACUUUUUUUUUCCUUUUUUUUAAAGGAAGUUUUCUUGUUACAUGUGAUGGGCAUUGAACCACACCUCUUCUGAGACUGAAUAUUGACAUUUUUGUUUCAAGUUAUGUUUUUAACAAUAAAGAUUCAGAUUUGUGACAAAGGCCUUAAAGUGAAGAUGUCCCUUGAGUGUCAGAGUGGUAUUUAUUUUUGUAAAUUUGAAAUCUUGAAUUUUUCAAGUUCUAACUCAACAUGAAUUUGGGGAAUUUUAAAGAUCUUAGCGUUUGACGAAGUAGUCUGCUGAUGCCAUGGCCCCCUACGCUGGUCUGCACAGCUGGGAAGGUUCACGCCGAUCGAGUGGCGAUGGCUUUCUGAGCAGCUGGUCGGUGCCACUUCCAGGUUGCAGCAGUGCUCCAACUAGCAGCUCUGGGGUGUCUGGGAGCCGCCACAGUCUUAGGCACACAUGUCUUUUCUGAAGAGUUUAAAGUUGGAAGAUUAUGUCCAGUUAUUUUUGUUUUUUAACCUUUAGUAUUUUUAAUAUGCAUAAAUGAGCAUUGCAUGUAUAUUCCUAACAUGAAUUUUUAAGUUUUCUGUAUUUCUGUCAUUUAAAAAGUUUCUUUUAUAUUUGAAAAAAGUUGAUAAACUAAUGGUCUUAAAAUCAAAUAUCUUUAUAAGAGAACUUGUAUUGUUGGUAAUGCAGGGAGUUUCUGUGAGCAGUUUUGUUUGCCUUAAAAAAUUAGGUCUGUUGUUAUUAGAUGGUCAAGAUACAUAUAGGAGCAGAUGAGGAAUCUUGAGGGAGCUGCAUGUAACUGCAAAUUCAGUUAGGCCAUCUACAUUGGUAGCGUCACAGUUUCGCUGCUCAUCCCAGUUUGAGAUGGCAGCCUUUCCUAAUUCACCAAAUAGGCACCUUUGAGUUGGCAGUGGGCCAUUUAUGCUUCCUUUUCCUACCACGAGGUAGCCCAGGCAGAGGACGACUUCAUUCACCUUCUCAGUGCACCACUCAGUAUUUCUAAUUUCAUUAUAUAAGUAGAGAGAACUAAACAGGAUUUUUUUCAUAUUAUGGAAAUGUAUUGAUUUAAGAUAAACAUUGCUUUGGAUGAUAAAUAUGUUUAAUAUGUGAUUUUCAGUAUUGAUUACUUAAUAGGAAUUUUAAGCUUUAUUGCUUUUUGGUUAGUGAACAAAAAGGAAAUAAUUACAUGCCUUCUUAAUGAGGUUAUUUUGUACAGUUUUGUAAAACAGUACAGUAGUUGGAAACAAUUUUCCUGAACAUCUUAUAGAUAAAAAUUUGUUAUAAUGUUCCUUUUAAGUAUUCAAAUGGAUUUAUUGGAAUUAAGCAUAUUAACAGUGAUAAGAUUUAAUCUUAUGAAUAUUUUAAUAUAUAAGUAUUUAAAUAUUUAGACCUUUGAACUUAUUUGACUCUUCUAAGGCGCAACUUUUAAACUUGAACAUUGUCCAUUUUUGUUUAAUUCUGAAACAGUUUAAGUAAAAUCUUACAAGAUGUCAAUUUAUAGUCUCACCUAAUAGUAAUGUCUUUGUCCUCUUCACUAUGAGAAAAAUAGGAAACAUUUAAAGGUGGCCUUUUAAAAAUUGAAAUAUAUGGAAACAUUUACUUGCUUACCCAAGAAUACCUUUAAGAUUUUUUGAAGCUGAAAUUUUAAAGCUUUUUUUUUUUUUUUUUUUUUUUUUUUUUAGAGCAACAACCUUCACCCCACCCUGGCUCCAUCUCUUUCUCUUAACAUAUUUUACCUUUUUUUUCAUGACCUCACUUAAGUUGCCCAGGUUAGGCUCAAAUUUAGGAUCUUUCUGUGUCUGCCUUCCAGGGUGCUGGGAUUAAAGACAUGUGAUAUCUUUUGGCUUUUGCCUUCUUAGAAGUUGUAACAUUCAUCUUUCUUAGAGGCAGAUUUACUUGUUCUUAUUCUUCAGUCAGGGUGUUUGGGGGCUGUGUCCCUUCUUUCCUUUCUUGAGUGUACAGCAUUUAAUUUAUAGAAAAUCUUUAGAUGUUAAAUAAACAGGACAGUAUUUGGGAGCCUAAACUAUAAACAAGAAAUCUGUUUUGGUUCUUUUUAUGACUAAAGUGCCUUCCCAGGAGUUCUGUUGUGAAACUUUCAGAUUUAUUUCCCUUGUACAGAAUGUAACACUCUAUGGUGCUUUAUAACAUGGAGUUGACUUGCUUCUUCUAGAAUAGUAUCCAAAUGUAACACUACUGAAGGCAGUGGUCAAGUCUCAG